UGUAAGUCUUGUGGGUGGAAAAAGCGAAGCAUAUUUUGGGAUUUGCCUUAUUGGAGUUCUAACAUGAUUCGACAUAAUCUUGACGUCAUGCAUAUUGAAAAAAAUGUCUUUGAUAAUGUAUUUAAUACAGUUCUUAAUAUUGAUAACAAAACCAAAGACAAUCUACAAUCACGUCAAGAUAUGGUAAAUUACUGCGAUCGACCACAGUUGGCAAAGGACACUAGUGGAAAAUAUCCAAAAGCUAUAUAUACAAUAGAUAAGGAAGAAAGAGCUAUCUUGUUCAAUUGGGUGAAGGGUUUGAAGUUUCCAGAUGGGUAUGUUUCGAAUUUGGGUAGAUGUCCAGACACAAACGCGAAAAGAUUAUUUGGCAUGAAAAGUCAUGAUUGCCAUGUGUUCAUGCAACGACUAAUGCCUAUUGCUUUUCGUGAACUGCUUCCCAGUAAUGUGUGGCAAGCACUUACAGAAUUGAGCUUAUUUUUUAAAGAUCUUACUUCGACCACUCUACGAGUGGAUGACAUGGAAAGAUUAGAGGCAGACAUCCCGCAAAUCUUGUGUAAGUUAGAACGUAUAUUUCCCCCUGGGUUCUUUGACUCAAUGGAACAUCUGCCUGUGCACCUGCCAUAUGAAGCAAAGAUUGCUGGACCUGUACAAUAUCGAUGGAUGUAUCCUUUUGAAAGGUACCUCGGAACUCUUAAAAGAAUGAUUGGGAAUAAAGCUAGUGUUGAGGGUUCCAUUUGUGAAGCAUACUUGAUGAAGGAGUCAACAUAUUUGUUUUCUCAUUAUUUUGAACCUCAUGUCAUAACACGUAAUCACGAUGUGGACCGUAAUGAUGAUGGUGGUGCUGUAGAAGAUCUUGAAGGAAAUUUAUCAAUAUUCACCCAUCCCGGUCGACUAUGGGGAGAAGCAAAAAAGAGGAAUUUAUCCCUUGAAGAAAUCAAGGCUGCCCAAACUUACAUUUUACUAAAUUGUAAAGAGGUUGAACCGUUUGUGAGUAUGUACGUGCAACGUCUACAAGGCGAAUUCCCGAAUCUAUCUCAAGGUCAAAUAGACGAGAGCCUUGAAGCAUAUUUCUCUAUAUGGUUCAAGGAAUAUGUCCGCUGCAACCAUAUUGAGAAUAAAUUCUUGCGUAGUCUUGCUCAUGGACCACUAAUAGGCGCUACAUGUCAUUUCGUGUAUUUUACCAAUGGAUACAAAUUUCACACGGUUAAAAUAGGAUACCCUAUUUUAACCAUGGUAGCGCAAGAUAACAUGGUAGCGCAAGAUCAACAAUGA